AUGGAAUUUAAUGCGGUUCGACAAUACCGACCAUCAUCUAAUAGAUCCUUUACCAUCUCGCAGCCUUCCUCCCGACAUGCAGCGCAGAUAAUGUACCCAUACGGGAACAUCCAGCUUCAACCGCAACAAAAUCAGGCUCUUCAACAGCAGUCAAGACCUUCGCCACCCUACCCCACGUGGGCCGUGCCACAGACCCACAACCCCUACAGUCAGAUGAAGGGUCCGGUCACAAGCAGUAGCCAUGAAUCUGAGCAAGUAGUGGCCAAGACCGACAUCACCACGUCUCAAUCCCCUGCCAUGAAUGCAGCGCACUUCCGCCAUAACAUGGGUGGUCACGAAUCCCUCGGAACCCCUGAUUACUUCCAAGGUACCGUCAUUGACACCAGUCCAUGGGGCCAGAAAGUCUGCGAAGAGUUGGAGUCAUUUCCAUCCAUGGAUCCGGAUAUGUCCGAGUUCAACCAAGGCUUUAUUGGUCACGACGAGAAUACACCCAUUAUUGACUUAAGGCAGUAUCACGGCAUGGAACAGCAAGAGGCCGAUAACAUGGCGACAUUCAACCCGUCUUCAUCUCGACGAAUGUCUGAAUCAUCAUUUUCAAUGUCAAGCACCGGUGGAGCGCUCCAAGAAGUGUCCACGUACGAAGAAAUAGGCUCAUCCGAGGCCGUUUCAUACGCGUCAGAUUGCGAAGCUUGGAACAACCUUGAGCCGGCGCCAAGCCUUCUUUCACCGCUCGCCUCACCACGUCGCCCGCAACACGAUUCCGUUGUAAGGAGUGGCAGUCGCUCACGGGCAUCUCCUGCGCCGCACAAUAAUGUGCGCUCAUCGCCGUACACAAUGGAGAGCAGUCGCUUCAAGAGGUGGUCUACCGGACAUGCACCAACCUCAACUCCUUCAAGCUCACGUGCGCUGGCCCAAGUUCAGGACCGAUUCGCUCCUUAUGGUCCCCGCUUGAACCCACACCACUCAAUGCCGGCGUAUCCGACGAGCACUUUGAGUAAUUUCCAGUUACACCCCAACAACGUUUUGUACUCGCAGCCACAUCCAUUGCAGUCAAGUAACCCGGCAAUGUUCGCGUCCCCUGACCAGCCGUUUCAUCUUGAGGUCCCACGUCCUCUGCCCUCGCAAGGACUCUUCCGCCUUCUACAAAGUAACGCAGACCGACACGGCGGCUGUUCAUCACACUUUGCAGACCUCUCAGAUCCGCCGGACCUUUAUUCAUCCCUCCAUGAGGAGCCCUCGAAUCCACCAGAAUCGGACAUGAACCCCUCAGAUCCCGAUCUCGUCCCACAUGAACAGGAUCUACGCUUCAGCGGAGAUCUAUAUACACCGCGCUGGGUCCGUGGACACGGCAAUAAGCGUGAGGGCUGGUGUGGACUCUGCAAACCUGGUCGAUGGCUUGUGCUUAAGAACAGCGCAUUUUGGUACGAUAAGUCGUUCACCCACGGUGUGAGCGCCGCAACUGGCGCUGCAUUCCAAGGACCCCAAGAUACCCGCCGAACCGAAGGCAAUCUUGAUGUCUGGGAAGGACUUUGCGGGAGCUGUGGCGAUUGGAUUGCGCUAGUAAGCAGCAAAAAGAAAGGGACUACAUGGUUUAGGCAUGCAUACAAGUGCCACACUCACCCCAAAGUGAAAGACGGCCCUAAACGACGUCGUGAAACCCACAACACGGUUCGCGCUCGUGCAGUAUCCUCGGCAUCUGCAACCUCGUCUUCGUACCCUCUCAACAAAGAUUUAUCGCAAGACUCCUCACAACAGCUCUCUCAUCCUCAUCCUCACUCAACACCAACGCAAUCAAACGCUCAGCCGGUGCAGCACCACUCGAAUAGUUUGUCGAUUUCCCCCAUGCCGCGGAUUGCACACCCAACUACGUCAUCUUCGAUUGUGUCAAUGCAACCCUCAUAUCCUACAACGACGCAUGCGGAAAUCCAGCCAAAGCAGGAGCCAGUCAUAGGUAUGUUCAGCUCACCCUUGCAGUCGAUAUCUACGUUCUCUGGUUCCAAUUCGUUCUCAAAUCCUGCGCACCAAGUUAGCGAACCAGAACUUGUGGGCGUGAAAACGACAUCGCCGUUAAACAGCUUGGCGAGUAUGAUAUAA